GUGAACAGAAGGGAAAUUAUCAUAGCAAACAGCAAUAAAAAGAACACUAGUGUAAACAAUAGACAAGUGAAACCGUGACCCAUUUUAAUAUUUUUUGUUCAUCUUUAAAGUGAAUCAUAACAGCUGAUGCGGGUACCUAAUAUCUAGACUCAAUUUUAAGUAAAUAAAUUUCGGUAUACAAAUUCAAAUGCACGCACCAUUUGCAAGCCUACCAUAAAAUAUGUAAAUUAAGUUAAGUGCCAAUGACAAGUACAUACUACAUAAUCAGUUUCAAUAAUACACGAGAGGGAUAAGCCUCGUAAGAAGGAAGAUUGUGAAUUGAAAAUAAAAAUUGCUCAGUGGAAAUGACAUUAGUGAAUUGUUGGGUUGGUCAAGUGCAGUUUUAAUUAAAACAUGAAAUAGGUAUCAAAAGUGAUCCCAAGAAGGUGUAGAAAAAUUAAUUAAAAUUGUUGAAUAUUGAAAUCAAUCAAUAAGAACAGCAGAACAGUAGCAGCGGUUAAAAAGAAAGCAAAGAGAGAAUAAAAAAAUUCAAUUAUUCAUUCGGGUAGCAGGUCUGAAUGCGAUGAUUUAUCAAAAUGUGGACGUACAUGAUGGCAGCAGCCCGAGGUGAUCGAGCAACGUCAAUAUUACAGGCACGACAAAACGCCAGAUAUCAGAAUGACGACUCUAAUCUCUCAAGAUUACCACAAACAAAUUAUUUUCAUCGAAUACCAAGAAUACCACCCUAUCAAACAACGCCAUUUACAAUUGAUCCGUCAGCACGCAGCACUCAAACAUUUGCAGAACGAUAUGGUGUUUCACCACCUCACUCGCCUGAUGAUGUUUAUGGAAAUGAAUAUUCACUUGAUGGUAAAAAUGGAAAGCGUAAUCAAAAAGCAUCAAAAGUGUCAAAAGAGCACCGGAGAGACGCUCAAAAGACUGUGAUAAAAGAAAGUGUUGGCAUUUGUAGUGAAAAUGAACAAAAUAGCAAAGGCUUUCUCCCGAAUUCGUUUGAUGUCGAACUGCUUCAGAAUUCAUCGAAAGAUCAUUCCAAUUCCGUGUUUCAACGAACAUUGAAUGCAUUAAGACGUAGAAUAUCGAAGAAAGGACAUCGUACGAGACCGCCAGAGAAAUUUAGAGCCGAGAAAUUUGCAAUUGCAAAUCAAAACGCAAUGGGGCAGCAACAAUCGUUGAGUGGCAAUCCAUCAGAUGGUAUCGUCAGUCGACUAUCUUUCGAUCCGUCCUUGCCCUCAUAUUAUCGGUGGUUAGCUGUAGUCUCCCUAGCGGUUCUUUACAAUAUAAUUUUUGUUGUUGGACGUGCAAUAUUUUGGGAAAUUAAUAAGAAAGUAACGCUGCUAUGGUACUUUCUCGACUAUUUAUGUGAUUUCAUUUAUCUUCUCGACACACUAGUACAUGUACAUGAAGGCUACCUCGAGCAAGGUCUCCUCGUACGUGAUGCCAAAAAAUUGCGCCAACAUUAUUUCAGCACGAGUCAUUGGCGUUUAGAUGUCUUAUCAAUGCUACCAACAGACUUUCUUUACUUUUGGUGGGGUCCAAAUGAAUGUAGCUACGAUCGCGUUCCAUGUGCAGUUAUCGUACGAAUUAAUCGUUUAUUAAGGCUGCCUCGUAUGUGGGAAUGGUUUGAGCGCACUGAAACAGCUACAGGAUAUCCAAAUGCAUUUAGAAUUUGCAAAGUCGUGCUAGCAAUAUUAGUUUUAAUACACUGGAACGCCUGUCUGUAUUUUGCCAUCAGUUACGCUCAAGGUUUUGGCAGUGACAAUUGGGUUUACAAUUUAAAUGGCACUCAAAACGCUUCACUUACGCGCCAAUACAUUUACAGCUUUUACUGGUCUACCCUUACACUCACGACAAUUGGCGAAACACCAACACCUGAAAAUGAAACCGAAUACUUGUUUGUUGUUGCUGACUUUCUAGCGGGUGUGUUGAUUUUUGCUACCAUCGUCGGUAAUAUAGGUUCAAUGAUAUCCAAUAUGAAUGUAGCACGUGUUGAAUUUCAAAAUCGUAUGGACGGCGUUAAACAGUAUAUGGCAUUUCGCAAAGUUGGUGGUGAAUUAGAAGCACGAGUCAUUAGAUGGUUUGCAUAUACAUGGGCACAAAGUGGAGCACUUGAUGAAGAACGGGUAUUAGCAGCAUUACCAGACAAACUUAAAGCAGAAAUUGCUAUUCGAGUACACAUGGACACAUUAAAACAAGUUCGAAUAUUCCAAGAUUGUGAGCCGGGAUUAUUAGAAGCUUUAGUAUUAAAAUUAAGAUUGCAAGUCUUCAGUCCUGGUGAUUAUAUAUGUCGGAAAGGUGAUGUUGGUAAAGAGAUGUAUAUUGUUAAACGAGGAAGACUUUCAGUUGUAGCAGAUGACGGAACAACUGUACUUGCCACACUCGGAGCUGGUUCCGUUUUUGGCGAAGUUUCCGUAUUAGAAAUAGCUGGAAAUCGAACGGGUAAUCGACGAACAGCCAAUGUCAGAUCGAUAGGAUAUUCUGAUUUAUUUUGUCUCGCAAAACGUGACCUGUGGGAAACAUUAGCUGACUAUCCAGAGGCACGUGCCUCAUUGACAGAGCGUGGUUGUCAAUUAUUGCGAAAGGAUGGUCUUCUCGAUGAGACGGUUUUUGCAAAUGCACAGCAACAGCAAGACUCAUUGGAACUAGGUGUUACAAAAUUAGAAUGUACUGUUGAGAAUUUAAAUUUAAGAUUAGCACGAUUAUUAGGAGAAUAUGCAUCAUCACAAGCAAAACUCAAGCAACGAAUAUCGAGAUUAGAAGAGAAGUUGUAUGAUACACCGUUUAAGAGCAACGAAGGCAAUGAUGAUGAAACAAAUGAAGAUGAAUUACGACAAAGGCGAUAUUCAUUGCAAUUAAAUGAGUCGAGAGGAUACAGACGUGGCAAGAAAUUAUCUACACAGCCGCAAUUGGACAGCGAGGAUGAAUUAGAAUUACCAGCAGAACUUCUGUCAAGACAGAAUACAUUUUAAAUGAAAUUAUUGUGAUUACAAGUUUCCUACAUUUUCUUAGUCUUUCUAUCUUCUUCCAAACGCUCAUUCUAUACUAGUUCAUUAAUCUAUAAUCUUUUCAAGUAAUACACGAAACAUUUACUAAUGAAUGUUAAUGAAAACUUUUCUUUCUUGACAAUUUAUUCGUGGAAAUUGAAUUCAUCUGUUCUAUUCUGUCAGUUUGUUUUUUCAUUAGGAGCAUCCAAAAAUGAAGAUUAGAUGCAGAAAGUAAAGAUACGAUUUAGAUAGGGUUGAUAGAUUUACUCAAGCUAGGGUUUUAAGGAGUGUGUUCUUAAGCUUAGUCUAAUUUUAAUAAGUAUGACUGGAGCUAGGUUUCCCUUAGCUGUACCAAAAAUAUCAAUCUCAGAGAUUGUUCGAAUGGAGAUUAGAUCUGAUUAGAUCAUAUAAAUUUGACAUUGCUAAUUUUUGACAUCAACAUCCUCCCUUUAAAAUUCAAAAAUAUCCAACUCAUUAUCUCAUAUAUGAUAAAAACAAAACGCGUCACAUUAACUUAAAUUGUAAAACUCUUUUCUAACUUAUCCCUCCCCAUAUAUACUGAAACAA